CAUCUUAACGAACUCAUAUCCACUGACACCAACAAUCCAUCGCGCCUACAAAAGUGGAGAAGAAACCCGCUUACUGGGCAGGGGGAGCUCGAGUGACAGGCCCUUGGAGCCAGCCGCCUUCACCUCUUUUUAGGAAUGUUCCGAGCACAGUUCUCGAGCACUCCGUUUCCCCCCACGACAGAAGGAAUGUUGGCAGGCCCAUCUCCCCCACCGAAAGGACUCUGAAAGCUGUCCGCCCCAGACCGGCCGAGAUCCUGAAACAAUCUGCAGCUUGCCCUGCUGCCUGCGCCCUCCCACUGCGGGCUCAGCUUCGCACACCAGCGUCUGCUGCAGAAAACCACAACCGGAACGGCACCACGAGAGGGACCAGGAGCCCACCCUUGUCCUCAGUGCCUCCCACCUGAGCACCUUGGUCUGGACCAUCAUGAAGACCCUGCAGGCCGCCUUGUUCUGGCUUCUCUUGGUGUCCUGGAUCCAGGCGGCCCCACCCACUCCACAGAACCCCAGAGCGGAGACUUUGGAUGAAAUAUGGGAUUCUGAGGAGCCCCGGCAGGCUGGGAAAACCACAAAGAGAAAAGAUAUUGUGACAAUUCUGCAAGACUUACAAAGAGAUGAAAGCACAACAGAACAACCAGCAAAGAAAGAAGGUGGCGAAAUGCCGACCUGCCUCCUGUGCGUCUGCCUCAGUGGCUCCGUGUACUGCGAGGAGACAGACAUCGACGCCGUGCCCCCCUUGCCAAAGGAGACGUCCUACCUCUACGCCCGAUUCAACAAGAUCAAGAAGAUCAUGGCCAAAGACUUUGCAGACAUUCCUAACUUAAGAAGACUCGAUUUCACUGGAAACCUGAUAGAAGACAUAGAGGAUGGGGCCUUCUCCAGGCUCUCGCUACUGGAGGAACUCACGCUGGCAGAGAACCGGUUGCUAAAGCUGCCAGCUCUGCCUGCCAAACUGACCCUGUUUAACGCGAGACACAAUAAGCUCAAAAGCAAAGGCAUCAAAGCAAACACUUUCAAGAAGCUGAAUAAUCUAUCCUUCCUCUAUCUGGACCACAAUGAGCUGGAGUCUGUGCCGCCUCAUUUGCCGGAGAGCCUCAGAAUCCUUCACCUUCAGUUUAACAACAUAGCUGACAUCACGGACGACACAUUCUGCAAAUCCAAUGACACACGCUACAUUCGGAGCCGUGUCGACGAGAUAAGGAUGGAAGGCAAUCCGAUCCUCUUGGGAAAGCAUCCCAACAGCUUUAUCUGCUUAAAGAGAUUACCCACUGGAACAUACUAUUAACCAAAGCUCAUGUAGCUGCACACAUACCCCAAAAGGGGAAGACAGACAUCUGUCCUACCCCUCAUUUAAAGGGUCCUAUAGUCUAGUUUAAUUCUAUUUUUGUAUACCCCUUGGCAGCUUUCAGGCACUUAACCUUUUGUUGUCUUGUUUUAAACUAGAAUAUUUAGAAAACUUUGCAUCUACCUUACAUUUUGAGUUCAAAAUGUAACAUGAUGUGAAUAAUUGAGACUAGUCAAUAUAAAUAUCACCACAUAACCCAUUUGGUUCACGGAAAGGUGUCGGGCACACUGUAACGGUGUCUUUGUAUCCACAUCGAGGCACCUUCUCCUCAUUGCUAUGAAUAUUUGAGUGUGCAUAUACAUGCAGGACCUUCUCUCUGAUGUCCUUCUUUCUUUUUCUUGUGUGAGGCCAUAAUGCAUCUCUGCUGCAGUGAUGCCGCCCGGCCCUUACCCCUGGCUCAAAGUGAAAUACUUUCAGGCACCCACAGUUUCUGCAAGCUGGACUAACAUCAGUGAGGCAGAGUCAUCAUUACUGUUUUAUGCCAUGAAAUAUGGCAGAGUCUGCUGCGAGACACAUGUUCAUCACAAACUUUUCUACUGGAGUAUCCCAUGUCCCAGUAAAAUGUAACAUUCACGGUAAUUGGCUCUAUUUGUGGGGGUGUGGUCGAGAUGAUUUCUUUGGCAGCAUUCCCAGAACACUCCUCCAUUUUCAGGGGGCCUGCUCCCUAUGACUCUGCGGUAAUUAACUUGAAAUUAUCACCACCUUCAUUUUACAGGUGAGGACACCGAGGCUCACCCAAGGCUUAGAUGACUAAGGCAAAGUUAGAUUUGAGAAACAAACUCUGGUCUUUCUGAUCCUGGUCCAGCCCUCUUUCUACAGCCCAGGAGAAUGCUUUCUACUGAGGGGAACAUACAUGUGUGCUAGCUAAGCCUGUGUUCCAUAGGUAGAUCCAAGGAAUAGGUCAGCCCCCACAUGCCAAAUCAUGUAAUACCAUGGCAGCCCCAAGACCUCAAUUCUGUGGGCAUUCCUUGCACAGUUAGAAAUGACAACUCCUACCUUUCCCUCUUGUCAUCUUAACCUGUAAGAUUCUUUUCCACAUCCUUGAAUAAACCCUCCAU